AUGAAUUAAACAUCAUCAAGAGAAUAUGGUAACAUUCAAAGUUCAAACUCUUCGAGAAUCUAAUCUAGCUCUCUUACAAAAGCACAUUCGAAAUUACAAUAAUAAAUGCCAUAAAAUGAAUUCGUAAUGGAAUAUCCUUGUUAACCAAAAGACUCUAUCACCUAUGACAUAAACGGAAUCGACCUUGACAUCAAAGAACAUUAAAUACUUGAUUCAUACUCGAAUAGAAGUAAAUAGUAACAUUCUUAAUCCAUGAUUAUUUUGGCAGAAAGGAGAAAAAUUACAUCUCCAUCGAUUAAAAAAAACAAGAAAAAAAUAAAAAUGGAAUAAAUUAUCAAAAAAUUUAUAGAGAAAAUUAAGAUUAGUAAUAAUUUAUACACGAAAUAACCUUAUGUUAAUACACUAUUAUAAACUUAUUCCAUCCCAUUCGUUAAAGAAAAGGCAAACAAUCUAAGUGUAAUGGACAAGAUAAAGCAAUCUAUAAGGCUUCCUAUUCCAAGACAAUGUAAGUUGAGAUAAUUUUGGAAAUUAUUAAUGCAAAUCACUUAUUUAACUACUGUUAUUUUUUCUCCACUAAUUUUAAUUUAUCCAAGCAACAUUUACAUUUAAGCCCUAUUAUUUACAUAAUUAACAUUAUUAGUCUUUAAUUCAAUUUUAAAUUUAAAUACAUGCUUUUACAAAAACGGAGUAGAAGUAACUCAUUUACCCACAAUUCAAUUGAAUUAUUUAAGAAGAUAUGGGUUACAGGAUAUAAUAUAAUACUUGUCAUUUAUCUUUAUUUUAUAAUUUUGUGAAUAGAAUUAAUAAAUUUCGAUAAUUGCUUUAAUUAUAUUGAAUCUUCUCAUUAUUAGAUUAAUCAAAUUAAAUUCUCUAAUAUCGUAAUAAAAUAGUAUUAUUUUGGGUUGGCAAUUUGUUAAAGGAUUAGCUUAUUGUCAUUUUUUUUCUUUAAUUUCAAUUUCAUACAAUGAGGAUAUAGGUUUGGAAUCGAUUAACGUAUAAUUGAAAUACUACUUGAGCUAUCUACAUGAAUAUAUAAAUGAAUAUUUGACUCUACAAAGUUGUUUAGUAAACAGUACAAAUUUUGAAUUGUUAAUAUCAUUUUUGAUCCAAAUUAUUUUUACAUUCAAUAGAGUAAAAUUAAUUUUAGAUCUCUUAUUUUACUUUCAUUAAAAUGUCCAUAAGUAUUUAUUGAAGAAAAAUUAUCUUGAUUUGAAAUCUUACUUGCAGAACCAUUAAGUUGAUUAAAAUCUAAUGAAAAAAGCACUUAGUAAUUACAAAUUUGAGAUGAAAAAAGAUUAUUAACAGUAAAAUUUCAUGAUGGAUUCCCAAUCUAUUAAGUAUAUAGAUUAUGAAAUUUAGAAGGCAAUUUAGAAUACUGUGAAUACUAAAUACUUUAAGAAAAUCUUGGUAUUAGGUUAAUUUUCAUAAAAUAUCUAAGAAAAACUAGUUGAAAAUAUGUCCAUACAGUAUUUUCAACCUAAUGAAAUAAUAUUGAGAUAAAAUUGCAAAGAUGAUGAUUCCAUCUAUUUAAUUAAAAAAGGAUAAGUAAAGGUAUGUUAUUAGAGUGGGAAUAAGAAAUAGUUUGGGAUUAAAUCAUUGGGAGAAAUGUAAACGUUUGGUGAGGUCUCCUUUUUUACUGGACUACCUAGAACAAGUACAAUAGUCAGUCUAGGUCCUGUUGAAACAUAUAAAAUUAGUAGAAGCGAUUUCUUAGAGUCAAUUAAAAAUAACCGUCAAGAUUUGGAAAUAGCAACCUAUAUGAAAGAUUAAAUCCUAUAGAAUAAUUAAUAUGGUUUAAUUGGAUUAAAAUGCUUUUGUUGUAAAUCGAAAGAGCAUUUGAUAUUUUAAUGCGACAAACUUCAUUAUAAGCCUGAUAAAGAAAAGAUUAUUAGUAAAUACUAAUAUGCUCACCUUUAAUCAAGGAGAUAAUAUAAAAGGAGUCACAGGAGAACAAAUAAUACUAGAGAGCAUCUAUUCCAAAUAGGAAUGGCUGGGGAAGAGUUUCAGGAAAAUAAUUAUUUUUUAGAAGAUUAGUCUGAGAUACUAAAAGAGUUAACAUAAAAUUAUAAUUUCUAAUCUUCUACCAAUAUUUAACAAAAUCAAUCUUAAGCAGUUGGAUUAUUUCCAAGUAGGGAAAGAAUUAAGUCAGUCGAUAAAAAUAGCAUUUUAUUGAUAAGUGAAAUAGAUGAUGUGAGAGAGUAGUUUUAAGAAUUGGAUCCAAUGGUUUAUAAAAAAGAUAAAGGUCAUUUCCCUUCAAAUAAUAAUUUUCCAAUAAAGGAAGUUAUUUAAGAACUUGAAGGGGAAGACUCAAGUUCAAAUUCAAAUGAUACUAUACCUAAUGAUAUUUGUAUUACUCAUUUGCAACCUAGUUCAGAUAAACAAAAGUAAAAUACUAAUUUAUUAACAAUUCCUGAUAAAGACAAACUUCAAGAAAUGCUAAUAAUUAAUCCCAACAGCCAAGGUCAACAAGUGAAUAGUAGUUGCUAAAUUCAACACUCUUAGGAAAUGAAAAACUCUUCUAUAUAAAACAAAAAAUCUUUAAGCUAAACUUUGUUACAUGUUCAAUAGAAUGAUUUCACUAAAAAAAAUGAUAAUUUGAAAUCACCUAGCAGGUAGGCUUAUUAUGAUGAACUCGAUUUAAAUCCUUUGGAUCGAUCAUCUCCUGGGAUGAAAAAGAUAAAUAAAAGCCCAUAAUAAAACAAAGCUAAGAUAGAAGAGAGUCCAUAAAUAUUUAUAGACCUAAAUAAUAAUUCUAGUCAUUUUUUCUGUUUAGAAGAUAAAGAAGAAUUAGACAAAGCAUAAAAUUACAUCUAUUAUUACCCGUACUUCAACCCUGAAUUUUUAAUUAAUUAGUAAUUAAUUUGGACUAAUAUUAGAUAUAAUCAUUUUAAAAUUCAUAGAAUCCAAAAAUAUGUUAAAAAAAGUCCUUAUACUAUCAGUUAUGUUAUUAGUGAUAAAAUUAAAUAAAAAGCCAUUUUAAAAUGA